AUGCUUGGACUUGGUGAAAAUCUCAUCCAUCUCUUCGAGGCUGCGGCCGGCGGUCUCGGGAAACAGGAAGUAGAUGAGAGGAAUCAUGCAAACGUUGAACCCAGCGAAGAUGAUGAAGUAACGCCAUCCGAUAGUCUCGAGUGCUCGGGGAGUGACUUCGGCGAUCAGAAUAAGGAAAGGGAUUCCAGCGAAUCCAAGGGCGUGACUGAAAUGAAAGAGGAAGGUGAAAACGAUAGCCCCAUGCAUCGCGAGUUUGUUUUCUGGCUGAGACCCCAAGCCGCCUAUCAGUGCCAUGCAGAUGGCGUUUCCGGUAGCGCUGGCCAGCAUCAAGCCCCUACGCCCAAAUCCUUCAAUAGUCAAAAUGCACACAGUGCCUCCAAUUGGACUGAUUAA